ACAUGGUUAUCCUGGUAAAGACGGCCCUCUAGGUCUCAUAGGAUCAUCUGGUCUUAAAGGUGACAAGGGACUCAGAGGAGCUGUGGGUCAGGAGGGAGUUUCUGGUCUCGAUGGGUGAAAUUGGACUUAUGGGACCCAGAGGACCAGCCGGCCAAAAAGGCAUCCCUGGUGAUAGGGGAACAACUGGACCGACAGGGCCACAUGGACUAAAGGGUGAUGAGAGCGAAAAAGGAAACCGAGGGCCACCAGGACCAAAGGGGCCUCUGGGCAAGCAGGGAUCCAGGGGUCCUUCAGGAGACAGAGGACAACAAGGUCUUCCAGGUCCAAAGGGAGAGGCAGGCACUGGAGGUUCAUCAGGAAUCCCUGGACAGUUUGGACCUGGAGGCAAAACUGGAUCAGCAGGGGCCAAAGGGCAAAAGGGGACCCAGGGACAGGCUGGCCUUCCUGGUAGGACCGGUCCCUCUGGGAAAAUUGGACUAUCGUUGUCUGGUUUAUCAGGCAUAAAAGGAGAAGAGGGCAAAGCAGGAAAGCCUGGACAAAAGGGCAGUCAUGGGGCAAAAGGCAGAACUGGUCCUCCAGGCAUUGAAGGAGACAUGGGAGCAAGAGGCCAACAAGGUGCAAAGGGUGAAACUGGAAAACAUGGCGCAGUGGGCACUGUAGGAAAAUUAGGAUUUGUUGGGUCUCCAGGAUCUAAAGGCCAACCUGGACCUGCUGGUCUUCCUGGUUCUUCUGGACCCAAAGGAAUUCAGGGGCCAAAAGGAAAAGUUGGCCAGUCUGGAGAGAAGGGAACCAAAGGAGCUCCUGGGAAAACUGGAUCUGAUGGCCAAAAAGGGAGCCCUGGACCUCCUGGAACACCUGGAAAACCAGGCUUAAAUGGCUUGGACGGUUUGCUGGGGGUUGAUGGAAAUGAAGGGUAUCCGGGGGCUAUUGGUUUGAGAGGAGCUCCCGGGGCUCCUGGCAACUUUGGAAAGACAGGAAAACCUGGACCUCCUGGGAUUAGAGGACACCCCGGCGCUAUCGGGGUUAAGGGUAAAACUGGUCCAAAAGGAGCAAAUGGACCACUUGGACCAGUUGGGCCAAAGGGACUCCCUGGGCUGAGAGGAGAAAAGGGUGAAACAGGCAGCGCUGGCACUGAGGGUUUUUUGGGUGAAAUUGGAAUGCCAGGUCCGGUUGGUCCACCCGGGCCAAAGGGGAAUCCUGGUUUGCAGGGGCUAAAAGGCCAAACUGGACAAAAAGGAAAAAGUGGACAGUUAGGUGCUUAUGGUCCAUCAGGGCAGAGAGGCUCUCCUGGAUUAACUGGUCAUCUUGGAAAAAAGGGGAUUAAGGGAGCCCAAGGAAAAAGAGGACCAAAGGGAGCUGAAGGCAAACCCGGACCUCCUGGACAACCAGGAUUACCCGGCAGACUCAGACAUAAACGAAUACAAUCUGAGUCAAGACCUGAUCUACCAACUGAGCAAAGGCACAAGCCCAGACCAAGUUCAAGUCACAGACAGAAAAAUUCCCAGGAUUCUCCUAAUCUACUAAAACCAGAUGAUCAAAAGCAGAGCCGGUUGAUGUCAUGGUCUGCAGAUGAGCAAGCUGAGGAAUCCUCCAGCUUGCCUUUGGGAACAAAAGAUGAUCCAGGCACCACCUGCUAUGAACUGAAACUUAUCCAUCCACAUCUGGAAGAUGGUUAUUUUUAUAUGGACCCCAAUCAAGGCUGUGCGUGCGAUGCAGUGAAAGUCUUCUGCAACUUCACAGCUGGAGGAGCAACUUGCAUAGAUCCUCAACAUUCACAGAUCAAAAUGAGUUUGAAAUCAGACAUGAAGUCAAGAAUGCCGGUGCAGUGGUUUACUCUUCAAUACAACAAAUACGGAUUGGAGUAUACUAUUGUGGACAUUGUACAGCUGAGGUUUUUGAGGUUCCACAGUCACACUUCUUUCCAGCACAUCACUCUCAGAUGUGCAGGAAACCAGUCCAGUCCCACUGCCACAGCAGGUUUAGCUAAGUGGAUUGUAAACUUACAGGGGGAUUCUGGCAGAAUCAUCGACACACGCUUCGUUGCAGUUUCCAGGAAAACCUGUGAGGUGCACAUGGUGGUGAAGGUUCAAGGUAGCACAGAGUUGCAUCGAGGGGAUAUGGAGUUACUUCCUCUCAGAGAUUUGGGAAUAGAGUUGAGCAGUACACCCAGCAGUAUCUCUGAGAUCUCUGUAGUUUUGGGACCUCUCUGCUUCUUGUGAGCAGUAUGUUAUGUAUGGGAUUAUAUUCCUCAUGGUUCAAUAAAAUUCUGUAAGUUAUUGUAUAGAAUCCAUACUGUUUAUGUCAGGAUGUAGUUAAAUAUAAUGUAGUUUGAGCUGUUUUUGUAUAUUUUGUAAGUAUUUAUUUGUACGUAAAGCUAUUAUUUGCUCAGAUACAUCAUUGUUUGAUAUUUGAUUGAUAGUGUACAGUUAUUUUAUAAAUAUUUUUCUCCAUUUACAUUAAAAUAUUUGAUAAGGAUAUCCAUUUUAUGUAUUAAAAGUCCUCACAAUGUAGAGUAGAUGCUGAACUUGAACAAGUUAAUGUUAUUUUCUGAUGUUUGAUGUUGUUCCUUGUUUGUUUUUUCCUUGUUUGUGCACACAAUUGUGUCCAAUAAAGCUGA